AACGCUGUUGACUAAUCCCGUUUUGUUAUUUUUUGUGAAAGGUUUUUUCAGUUUUAAUAAAACAAAACAGCUUUAAAUAUGACAUUACCGGAAUUUUUCGGCUGUUCCUUAAUAGCCUUUGGUCCCCCUUUUUCUUUGUUUGUAUUUACCAUUGCAAAGAAUCCAAUUCGAGUAAUUAUACUGGUGGUGGCUGCCUUCUUCUGGCUGCUCUCCCUGGUGGCGUCCUCUUUGCUGUGGUAUUCUGUGGUGCCUUUAAGGAGUGUGCUGGCAUUUGGAACCGUAUUUUCAGUUUUAUUUCAAGAGUAUUUUCGUUAUUUGCUCUAUUUGUUGCUGAGAAAAUUUGAAGAAGGCCUUGAAGCUGUGGCCGAUGACAGAAGGUUAAUAGAAAACAAACACAUACUGGCGUAUGUGUCUGGUUUUGGAUUUGGUAUAAUUUCAGCUAUGUUUGCCCUGGUGAAUGUUUUGGCAGAUUUGACUGGACCCGGAACAUUGGGUUUAAAUGGAGGAACCGAAAGUUUCUUCAUGGUUUCUGCGGCCCAGGCUCUGUCAAUAUGUUUACUUCACGUCUUCUGGAGUGUGAUAUUCUUUAAUGCAUUCGAUACCACAAACUAUAUACACGUUUCGUAUGUGGUGGGCUCCCACUUAUUUGUUAGCCUUAUAACAUUACUUAAUGCUCAACAACUUUAUGCCGUUUCCUUAUCUAUCAAUUUAAUUGUAACUGUAAUUACCGCUGUUCUGGCAUAUCGCGUAGCUGGCGGUACUGGACGAUCAUUUAAACGUUUUGUAACAUGCCAAUAAACUUAACCUUAUAUACUCCAAUUUAGUCUUAGACACACAAAAAGACAUCAUUUAAUUGAUAAUUACUUGUAUUAAUCCUAGUAUACAUUUUAUUUAUACUUAAAAAAAUAAAACUUUCGAUAUAGA